AUGUUCAAGAAUAGAAAAGAGAAGCAGGUACUAUAUGAAACCUUGGCGGGAGUUCAAGACAUCAGCACGUUACCUGCAACAAGUUUGAACUUAUAUUCCAGUUAUAAUCAUGGUUUAGAUUCGGGAAAAGAGAACUACACCACUUUCGAUAUUUUCAUUGCCCAUGUUUUCAAGAUUUUGCUUACUUAUAUUAUCUUUGUUUACAUGAGGUUGUUUGACAUACAUGAGCUAAUCUUGCACUCAGUUGAAUUGCUCCGUAUUUUGCGUUUGGAUAUUAGGUAUUUAAUUCACGAUUACGUCAAGAUUCUUUCACUGCUGUACUUUCAAAACUUGUUAACCGAAGUACUGUUCUACUGGUACGUUGUCACUUCAAUACCGGGUCUUUUCUGGAAAGUAUUCAACCCAUGGUCAGGCACUCCCAUUGGAUUAGACAAAUUUUUGCAACAUAUACCCAAAACCAACACACCGUCCUCACUUUGUUUAAUUUUGCACUACCACCCACCAUUAUUGAAACUCCCACCAGAUAUCCCUCAACCGUAUUUGGACUCUGAUAGGAAGAUUCAAGUGCCACAGAAAAAGGAUGUGCAAUAUGCCAUUGCAAUCAGAAGUGAGUACUUUGCUCAGUACCAAGCUCAUGUUGCUUCUGAGAGGGUAAGAUUGUUACGAGAGAUGGGUCGGUUCAUCACUUGGUGUUGCUUGGUUCCGUCUAUUGAGAGUUUAACCAUUGUUGAAAAAAAGGCAAUCUGCUGGGAAGAGGAAGCCGAUUAUAUUGAUUCCGUGAAAAAUGCGAUUUUGGUAGAGUUGGUUGCCUUGAGCAACACUUGUGAGCCAGAGGAGUUGGCUAAACUUAAACUGCUUUUACCACAAAUCGUUCUUGUAAACAAAUUCUCCAAAGCAAUGUAUACCAUAAAUGAGAAUGAAAUUCAGUCGCGAGAAGCCACACAUCAAGAAGUCACUUUGGAUGAAAUAAUCACUUCAUAUCAAGAUCAACGAAAGCUCACUGUCGUCUUAUGCGAUUCUCGUGUGAGAACCACAAAUUACAAACUUGUGACAUCAAAACCUGAUGAUUUAAAGGCUGAUGAUCCCGAGUUUAACAAUCAAUUUCCACCUACGCCCGAGUACAUCAUUGCACCUAGAAACACCCGCGGGAUGAAUCACCUGCUUGAAGGAUAUGCCUGUAUCGAUGAAGAUCCAAAUAUGCUGAAUAUGGCCGUUGUGCACUUUUUACACCUCAAAUUCGGCUUUGCAUUCUUUUCAAGAGCGCUUUAUCACUAUGCUUUGGAGAAACAUUAUGCACCACCAACCAAGGAAGAGCCCCUAGCUAAUAGCACUUUUAUGAAUUAG